AUGGGUGAUUGUCUAAGUCAGCGUUCUCCAGGAGCACCCGCACUUCGGUCAAGUGGGGCUGGAGCUAGUUCAUGGGCACUUCAGGGUUUAGAGCCCAUGACCAAGAUCUGCAUCCCCAUACCCACCCACCAGUGGGUACAAGUCUCUUGGGUCCCUUUGUGUACAGUGCUGAUGAUGACACAAUCAAAUCCAAACACAGCUCCAGUGACAUUCUCUGGUUAUGGAGUUGUUUCUGCAUCUGUCGCUGGGACUUCAGUGGGUGAAUCGGCUACCAGAGUUAAGGCCUAUCUUCUCAAAAUGGCCCUCCUCAUCUCUGGGUGGCCCUACAGUUUCAUAAUCCCUUACGUGGAUCCCAUAGCAGCCACAAAGGCACGAAGAAUUCGCUCCCAGCUCAUCCUCAAGCUUCGGCAGCACUACCCGGAGCUGUGCCAGCAGCGAGAGGGCAUUGAGCCCCCACGAGAAUCUUUCAACCGCUGGAUGCUGGAGCGCAAGGUCGUGGAUAAAGGCUCUGACCCCCUGUUGCCGAGCAACUGUGAACCGGUCGUGUCACCCCCCUUGUUUCGUGAAAUUAUGAAUGACAUUCCCAUCAGGUUAUCCCGAAUCAGGUUCCGGGAGGAAGCCAAGCGCCUGCUCUUUAAAUACGCAGAAGCUGCAAGGCGGCUCAUUGAAUCCAGGAGUGCGUCCCCCGACAGCAGGAAGGUAGUCAAAUGGAACGUGGAGGACACCUUCAGCUGGCUGCGGAAGGACCACUCUGCCUCCAAAGAGGACUACAUGGACCGCCUGGAGCACCUGCGGAGGCAAUGUGGCCCCCACGUGUCAGCUGCAGCAAAGGACGCCGUGGAGGGAAUCUGUAGUAAGAUCUACCACAUCUCCCUGGAGUAUGUCAAACGGAUCCGUGAGAAGCACCUUGCCAUCCUCAAGGAAAACAACAUCCCAGAGGAGGUGGAGGCCCCAGAAGUGGAGCCCCGCCUGGUGUACUGUUACCCAGUACGGUUGGCCGUGUCUGCACCCCCCAUGCCCAAUGUGGAGAUGCAUAUGGAGAAUAAUGUGGUCUGCAUCCGGUAUAAGGGAGAGAUGGUCAAGGUCAGCCGCAACUACUUUAGCAAGCUGUGGCUGCUUUACUGCUACAGCUGCAUUGACGACUCUGCCUUUGAGAGGUUCCUGCCCCGAGUCUGGUGUCUCCUCCGACGGUACCAGAUGAUGUUUGGCGUCGGCCUCUACGAGGGGACAGGCCUGCAGGGAUCGCUGCCCGUGCACGUCUUUGAGGCCCUCCACCGACUCUUCGGCGUCAGCUUUGAGUGCUUCGCCUCGCCCCUCAACUGCUACUUCCGCCAGUACUGCUCUGCCUUCCCGGACACAGAUGGCUACUUUGGCUCCCGCAGGCCCUGCCAGGACUUCUCCCCGCUGAGUGGUUCCUUUGAGGCCAACCCUCCGUUCUGCGAGGAGCUCAUGGAUGCCAUGGUCUCUCACUUCGAGAAACUGCUCGAGAGCUCACCAGAGCCCCUGUCCUUCAUCGUGUUCAUCCCCGAGUGGGAGUGGCGCGAACCCCCCACGCCGGCGCUCACCCGCAUGGAGCAGAGCCUCUUCAAACGCCACCAGCUGGUCCUGCCUGCCUUCGAGCACGAGUACCGCAGGGGCUCCCAGCACGUCUGCAAGAAGGAAGAAAUGCACUACAAGGCUGUCCACAACACGGCCGUGCUCUUCCUACAGAAUGACCCUGGCUUUGCCAAGUGGGGGCCGACGCCGGAGCGGCUGCAGGAGCUGAGCUCCGCCUACCGGCAGUCAGGCCGCAGCCAUGGCUCUGGCUCCUCUUCUUCCUCGGAGAACAAGGACCGGGACUCGAGUCACCAACAGGGCCCUAGCCGCGAGCCUCACCCCACUUAACACAUCCUGCGGGGAGGAGGAGCCCCAGGGUGCUGGUAUGGACUGCUGGGACUCGGGCCUCUUGGGGCUGAGCAGACCCUAGGACCCUCCCCCUGAGGUGGCAGCGGGACUCAGGCUGCCAGUGUCAUAGGAAGAUUAUGGCUCUGCCAGGGCUCCCCCUCCCUGCCCGAACCCCCAACUCCUCACCUCAAACUCACUCCGACUCCUGUGUAAAUAGGUCCCAUCCCUUCCUUUCCUCCCCCCAAUCCCAACCAUCUUAUCGCCAUCUUGUUUCAUUUGUAAAAGGAAAUACAGAAACCCC